GGAGGCGGGAGCCAGGGGCUCUGGAAAGACCUGACCGGGAGGCUGCGGGAGAGUCGGGGUCCGGGUCGGCGCGAAGGCCUCGGGCGCGGUGGGGACGCCGGUGGCGGGAGGCACGCAGGUGGGACCUGGCCGGUGACCCAGGGGCAGCGUUGCUGACUGAGGAGGUGGAGGCACUGAGCGGGCCGGGGGGCUCUGGUCGGUGCGCCUUCGGAAGCGUGAGCAGCCAGGUGACCGAGGAGGGAGGGACGUUGGGGGCACACCAGCAUCCCGCCGAGGUCAGGCGGCAGGACUGCGCCUUUGAGCCUGGCCAGUAGUCCAGAGUGGACGUCAGGGUCGAGAACGGGCGCUGUGGAAGGCUUUUGAGAGGGAGCAGUGCGUGCGAAGCGAUCACCUUUUGUCGGGAGGACAGAUGGGUCUGAGUGGGUCAGGAUCCCAUGUGAGGGAGACCAGCUGGGAGGCUGUGGGAAUAGCCUGGGCCGGAGGAGGUGAGGACUUGGACGGAGACCAUCUGUAGGAAUAAGAGGGAGGGGAGGCGAGAAGGGCGAGGCCUUGCACAGAGCUGGUCAGAAAGGGAGGAGGAGCAGAGAAAGGCGUGUCGUCCGGGCUUGGACGUGCGAGCAGAUGACGACGUGCGUGACCAAAGCAGAACCUGUCCAAGGCCGGCCGGUUGUGCAGGAAGAAGAUGCGGGAGCAGGGGAGAUGCAGGAGUCAGCGACGGAUCUGGGGCUCGCAGAAAAGUGUUAGGAAAUGUACAGCGACUUCGAAGUGUCGUGGAAACGAGGCCGUGGAUGGGUUUGGGCGUCCUUUCAGUGAACCCGGCGCUUGCUGUGUAUAAUAAGAUGCUGAGCUCCGUGCUGAGUAAGACAGACGUGUGCCUGGCGUUGAUGAAGCUGGUGACCUGGCAGGAAGGACAGGCACGGAACACACAACCACUUUUUUGCAGUUGAAGCCCGUGCAGUCCUUUUAACUGGCGAAGAUCAAGGCUUUAUCUUCCUGUAAAGCUGAAGCAGAGUUGAGUCACCAACAAGAACAAAUCAAGUCCGAUUACAACGCAGGCAGAGCUAGAGGGCUGAGACAGACCUCCUCGCGGGCCUCGCUGUCUUCCCCGCUUCCCUUGCUUCCCAAAGCGUAAGCUUAAAUCAUCUCAGAAGGACAAGGUCUGCCAGUUCAUGGCAUUUACUCGGGCUGGCAAGAGGACUGCCAUCUGCUGCUUAGCACAGAACGAGUGGAGACUAGACGUGGCCACAGGCAGCUUCUUCCAGAAGCCAGGCUCGUUUCACCAGGAAUCCAUGAGAAGCUCCAUGGACAGGAGGGAGCUGGAGCAGCUGUAUAACAGGUACAGAGAUCCACAAGAUGAAAAUAAAAUUGGAAUUGAUGGGAUUCAACGGUUUUGUGAUGACUUAAGCCUAGACCCUGCCAGUAUCAGCGUUUUGCUUAUAGCAUGGAAAUUCAGGGCUGCGACUCAGUGUGAAUUUAGCAAGAAGGAAUUUGUAGAUGGCAUGACAGAGCUUGGGUGUGAUAGCACGGAGCAGCUGAAAGCGCUUCUGCCCAGGCUGGAGCAGGAGCUUAAGGACACGGUGAAGUUCAAGGACCUUUACCAGUUCACCUUCUCCUUUGCCAAGAGCCCCGGGCAAAAGGGACUAGCCUGUACUGAACUGGUGGUCGACACAGAAGAGAAUUCGAGCUACUUGGCUCUUUGUUGUGGCGUCAGAAGCUCAGCACUUGUGUGCUGCCUACAGUCUGGAAUCGGUUGGCUUUGAGGAAUCUCGAUUUGGGCGAAGUUAAGUUCUGUGUGGAUUUUCACGUCCUUUUUGACAGAGGGAGGUCUUUGCUGACCCACCCUGAACGGGCCUCGGGGACAUGAGUUUAACAGGGAUGCCUUCUGAGCCACAUCCUCUCGGAGCCAGGACGGCUCACAGGUUGCUCGGAGCAGCUGCUGCUGCAGAGGUCCUUCCGCGGCCCCAGAGGAGCUUCUGUUCUUGAUUCCAGCUCAUGCUCUGCAUUUUGAGUUUUGUUGUUCCUUUGCAAAUGACCAAGUCCAUCAGGACGGCCUUCAGCAUGUGUUUGUAAGUGAGUCCAGCCUCUGAAGGGCACAGGUCUGUGUCUAGUUGUGUGGUUUAUAAACAUGCAAACUGAGAACUUGAUAAGAAAAGUUUCGAGGACCAAACUAAGCCAAGACUAGAUUGAAUGUCUGCCAUACAACUUUCUUUUUCUUUCUUUCCCAGGUUUGCCUCCAUUUCUCAGUGGCAGACUUUUCAUCAUUGCGAUGAGUUGAGUAUAGAUUUCAGUGACCGGCCCUCCCAGGGGCUCAGGACGUAGACUUAGCAGGUCGGGACUAAGCACCUUGGCCUUGAGCCGCGGGCGCCGUAGGUGAGACCUGGCCAGCCUGCCCUCCUGCCAGUGCCCGAAAUUUCUGGCCUUGUCUUUCUUCUCAUAAGACUCCAGGUUACUUCAGGCUGAGAACGUCUGUAAUGGACUGUAAACUCACAGGGAAUAGAGGUGUUUUAUUUAAAAUUAGCUACUAACUUAUUUCUUUUGCUCAACCAAUUUUAAUGAUUGAGCCUGGAUAUCUCAGGUUAAAGCUCCAACUUUAGAAGUUUUUGUCCACGUGGGACCAAGCAAGAUUUAGAUGAGGAGUUCCCGUCGUGGCUCAGUGGUAACGAACCCGACUAGGAUCCAGAGGACACAGGUUCAAACCCUGGCCUCAACUC